AAGCAAGCAGUGGUCAUUGAAUGAUUUGUCGCCUCUACUAUUCCCGUUUAUUCCGCAUUGUUUCCCGGUUGUGCAUCUGAGUCACCAUUUGAACUUCUUCGUCUCCCAGCCCGAUAUCAGUUGCUCGUCAGGUGCCAUUUUCAACUUGCACCAGCUUUAUUUCUACCUUAGGUUUACAGUUUUUUCCGUAAUUGUUUUCAACGAAAAAGAAAAAAUGGUUGCCCUUGCUGCACCAGCGAUGCGGCCGCCUCGCCCUUGUGGACCGCCGCGGCAGGGAACAUCUUCAGGCAGUGCGAUUUCAAAAAUUUCUUCCGCGACCCAAAAGUUGAAAUGCGCCUCUUCAACAUUUCCCCUCGCAGCAACCCAACUCCAGCUAGUACUCAACAUCGCCCCGAUACUAGUUGCACUACUUGUACGACCAGCCUUAGCCCACGCCGACGUGACUCAGCACCAGCACGCGGAGCAAGGCCACCAGGACACGAUCCACGUGGAAGGCGAAGACAGUCAAGGCUUCACCGCGGCGGUGGACAUGACCUAUUUUUUCGUCAUCAUCGCCGUGGUAUGCAUUGCAAAUAUGUCUGGGUCUGGAAGAGUCGGAACUUGUGAUGCGCAUUUCACAACACAUAAAGAUCUCUCAUGCACAGGCAGCAAAAAUUUCCCACCUUUUGUCACCAAAAUGGGGCAUUUGUCAUGCGGAUUCGGCAUUGCGGAAGCUUCUCGAGACCUGUGAUGCUAGAAUUCCCAUACCAGACCUUCGGUGCCAUGCAAAAGCAGCAUGACUCCUCCAGACCCAGACAUGUUUGCAUUUGAUACGUCGUCAGCGUCGCAUUCGUGGGGAUUUGCAUUUGGAAAUGGAGGGACGACAAAAUCAUCCAAGAGCGGUGGGGCACGGGCACGGGUGGAACUAGUACCCGGGUGGUUGACAGUAGAACCACGGGCCCACCGGGAGCUACUUUGGAGCAGAUUCAGAUCAUAGGUGGCGGGCGGGAUGCGGAUGUAGAACGACGAACUGCGACCGUGUCUGCACCUACUACCCCGGGUGCAGUAGGUUCUACAUUUUCUUUGCGUAGUGUUGCGUUCUCGCCGACCUCGCCGAUCACAACCCCCGCCGGGUCGACGAUAAAGCCGUCCACAAUGGAGAUAUCCCGAGGAAAUUAAAUACGUAUUGCUUACGACGACCCCAUAGGCAAUCGAUCACGUUGGGAACUUACGUACCCAACACAGACCAAGACGCUUUCUUGGUGGAAGUCACGCAUAUGCAAGUUUCUAGCUAAUCGGCAGCACCCUAGUGCGACGCGUUGGCCUUAUUUUUUGUGCGGUCAACAUGGGCAUCGUCACAAGGCCAACAUCUGCGUGCUUAUCCUGCUUGCAGCUGCUGCUGCAUUCUUUAUACAAAGGAUACAAAUCAUGCCACAACAGCACAACUAGAAUUGCGUAUCAUUGUUCCAAAUUUUCUGCUUCAGAUGCGAAUCAUAAGCAUGAGAAUUCAUUGGGGUAGAAGUUCGUUGUGAGUACUACGUCAACUAGAUUUUUCCCCAGGAUAGAUAAAAACAACCGACGCAUCGAUGAUGUCCAGCCGGUCCGCCAUCCUACGCGAUGUGUAUCAGACUCAACAUUCUCAUCUUUCCCAUCACAACCAGCGCGAGGGCAGUGCGGGUGAUGGGGUGAUGUUAUCGUCCCAAACUACCUCGGGACGAAGGACGAGUCAAAGCGGCGGGCGUCGUGGCCAACAACACGGGAGUAGUAGUCCUCGCUAUUGCACGGGACACACUAGUUCUGGACGCCGAACCAGUCAAUCAAAUUCCUCGGGACUAAUGUCACCACGGAGGAAUCAUGGAUCUUCUGCAAACUACCAGCCUCGGCGAGACGAAAAGUCCCACGAGAGGUCGAGCGACUUGAGCGGCCGCACAACCGAGCAGUCCUCGCACGGGGGUGUAACCGAACAUCGGCGGCGCGGGUCGACUUCCCUGGGCGUUCACGAAGAACAGGGUGGCGAGGAGGACGUCGCAGCCGUCGUUCCUCUCGAGGGCGGCAGUACCGAAGAUCUCAGCGCCUUACCAGCCAGGGCUUCCUUGGUGGCCUUGAGAAUUGAGCCGAAGGUGUGAAGAAGAACAAAAUGAGGAAGAUAUUAUCCAGGAGUUUUUUUGGUGGCGCUCGGUCGUGGAAGAGCACUUCUAUUGAUCGCAAGUUUAGAUGCAUUCAUUAGUUGCAAUUUCGGUAGAAGAUGAACAAGAUUGCCGCUUCUCUUUCUAGUUUUGUUUUCUUCGAACUACACGACUGGUGGAUGAGGCUAAAAACUCCGAGGCAAGUUAGGUACUUGAUUACACAACACCCUUUUGCGAAGCUUCUUGCGAGAAAGAGAAGCAGUUGCUGAUGCGUUUGAGUUAACACAUGUAUUCACUGAGAUUUCUCGUUCUACGUGACAUGAUGUUGUGACGCAACGCACGAAGCCGAAGUCCACAUGUAUUGCUGAGUGUGAUAUUGAAGUUGAAGUAUUUGCGUUUUUUGAAAGAUGAAGCAGCAGAAGUAUCAU